CUCGAGUUUAUUCGAAAUUUAAAAAUGGCGACAUGUCUAUCGCAAACAGGCUCCGAUUUUGCAAAACCUGUUGUCAACCUUAUUUCUAUAUUUGCCCACGCGAUCUUGUAAGAUGUAAGUAUACCGCAUAUUUAACAACGCUAGUAAACUUAUUAGCACCAUUAAUUUGUAACCAAUUCUUGAUAAAUGUUGCAGACAAGACACAGUUAAAAGCUCACCGAGAAGGACAUGACAAUUUCAUUUUUAUCAGCACGAAGUGCAUCGCGGAUCUUUAUCAUUGGACACAGGAGCACGUGUUUAAACGAUUGCGUGCAGAUAAUUUCUUAUGGUCAAUCGUCAUGUCGACGUUUUUAUUUGCAAUCGGAAUAAAGCUCAAUCUGGAACUGAACGCUUGGAAUUUACCAAAAACCACUGGCAGGUAGAAUUGAGUAUUUUUUAGAGAACAAU